GUUUAUCAUCUCAAUUUUUCUUUGAUUUCCUUUGUAGAAAUGGCAACCAAAUCUACAUGGACUAGAGAGGAAAACAAAAUGUUUGAAAAUGCAUUGGCUAUUUUUGACAAGGAUACACAUGAUAGAUGGAGUAAUGUAGCUAAGGCCACAGGCAAAACUGAAGAAGAGGUAAAAUUACAUUACCAAAAACUUGUAGAAGAUAUCGAAAAUAUCGAGGCUGAUCUAGUUCCCUUGCCUAAAUAUAACGAGGUAAGUGUUGAUCAUGACAACAAAACAAGGACGACAAACAAAGAGUGAAGUCUCUCAAGAUCAAUAAGAAGCAAUAAAUAGCAAUGAAGAUGGAGAAAAGGAAAUUGCUAAUUAAACUAGUGUCUUUCCUUUCUAUAUUAUUAUUUUCUUAUAAUUUUUCAAUGUGUCUUUUUUUUUUUUG